UUUCUUUUUUAAUUAUCUUUUUGUCUGGUUAAGUAAUUUUUCUUUAUAUAAUAUCAAGCUUAACUCAGCUGUACUAGCGUUCCUCAUCACCGACUUUCUCUCUAUCUCUCACUCAAUUCAUCUUUGCAAGGGAACAGUUGUCAACUAAAAGCUCAAUAUUUGUGAAAGACAUGGCAUCCUCCAUGUUUUUCACAAUAAUUUGUGCAGCAUUACUCUUGUGCUCUUCAUUGGCAUAUGCCCAAAAAGCUACUCCUCCGGCACCUACCCCAACUCCAGCACCAGCACCUGCACCGACCUAUGUAAACCUCACGGAUUUGCUCUCUGUGGCUGGCCCAUUUCAAACCUUCCUAGGGUACCUUGAGUCCACCAAGGUCAUUGACACCUUCCAAAACCAAGCAAACAAUACUGACGAAGGAAUUACAAUCUUUGUACCAAAAGAUGCUGCUUUCUCAUCACUUAAGAAGCCUUCCCUGUCCAAUCUCACUCAAGACCAGCUUAAGUCUCUCAUCCUUUUCCACGCCUUGCCACAUUACUAUUCUCUAGCCGAUUUCAAGAAUCUUAGCCAAAUGGACCCUAUUAGCACAUUCGCGGGUGGGCAAUACACUUUGAAUUUCACUGAUGUAUCUGGAACAGUACUCCUUGAUUCGGGAUGGUCCAGAACAAAAGUCAGCAGUAGCGUGCAUUCCACCGACCCUGUAGCUGUGUACCAAGUUGACAAGGUCCUUCUCCCGGAGGCAAUUUUUGGAACCGACAUACCUCCCAUGCCAGCUCCAGCACCAGCACCUGAAAUUAGCCCCGCUGCUGAUACUCCAUCUUCCGUAGCUGAUAAAGGAUCAUCCCCAGCAACUUCAGCACCCAAUUCUUCUAAUAGCAACAUCAACUUGGGUAUAUUUACUCAGUUGGUUCUGGCAGUUUCAGGUGGACUGGCAUUGUUGUUGUAAAAGAGAGAUUUAUUGUGUCUUUUAUUUAUGUUAAAAGGGCAUUACCCAGAGUGUUGAUUUUCUUUGAAUUUAAUUGAAUUGAACCCAUUUUUUAAAAUUACAUAUGUAUGAGGAUUUGAGUUCUGUUAUUAAUAACUGCUCUAUUUAAAUGA